AUGGUCCAGUCCAGUCCUUACUACCCUCAGUCAAAUGGCCAAGCAGAGGCCAGCAACAAGAUUUUGAUAAACAUUAUCAAAAAAAUGGUGACAAAUAGUCCGAAAAAGUGGCAUGAAAAGCUAGGGAAUACGUUGUGGGCAUACCGAACCUCUAAGAGGGCAGGAACGGGGACAACUUCUUAUGUUUUGACUUUUGGGCAAGAUGCGGUUCUUCCCAUGGAAAUCAAUGUAAGUUCUAUCAGAAUUCAAAAUCAAUUUGGGUUACACAGUGAAAAGUACAUAAAAGCCAUAUUUCAAGGGAUUAAAGACUUAGAUGUAGCCCGAAUUGAGGCCUUUAACCAGAUUCAAGAAGGGAAAAGAGUUGUUGCCCGAGCUUAUAACAAAAAGGUAAAGUUGAAGUCUUUCAAGGAAGGAGAUUUAGUAUGGAAGCCAGUCCUCCCUCUAGGAGCUCAGCAAAGGGGCUUUGGGAAAUUGAGCGCGACAUGGGAAGGUCAUUUCAUUGUUAGUCAAGUAUUAGACAAGGGAGGAUACUACUUGGUGGACAUCGAAGGAAAUUGGCAGAAACAUCCUAUCAAUGUCAAAUUCUUAAAAAAGUAUUGUCCUACAUUAUGGGAUGUUAGGGAUUGUUAUAUUGAAGAAGAUUUAAGAUAA